GGGAGUUAGGGCGCCAGAAAGAUAAGAUAGGAACGGGAGGAGGCGGGCGGCGAUUGGCGAGCAUUUGUUCUCGCGGCACUGCGGAGCACGGCGGCCUUGUCCUUCCUCGCCAUUUAAAGGACCAGCCUCCCUUCAACAGGUGUCCUUGCGUCCUUGGCGCGCCGGCCGCAGUGAAAAAGCAGCUAUCAUGGCACAGAAGAUGGCAUCCUUGAGGAUCGACCGGGCGCCCCUCAAGUGCCCCCCUCUAGAGGAGGUCGCAUCGGUCUUGUCCAAGGGACUGCAGAAUGGCUUUUCACAAGUCUCCGUGGAGGUUGUUGAUUGCCCAGAUCUUUCUCAGCAACCGUUCACCUUGGCAAAACAAGGUCUGGGCGGGAAAACUGCCCUGAUUGAAUCGGGUGGUGUUCCAUUCCUGCUUCCCUUGGUACAGCGUGAUAAGAUGUACGACAUGAAAGAAUUUGGAAAAUUAGCGGGUCUUGAUUCAUGUUUAAUUAUUGGAGCUGGGGCAGGACCUUGGCCAUUUAUUGGGGUCAACUGUGAGCUGAUGGCAAAUCUUGCCAUUGAUGGUGAUAAAAUUGAUAAUCAAAGUCGUAUGGCCAAAGUAAGCCCUAAGGAUUCUAGUUGUGAUCUGCAGGUUUUGCCAAAUGACGAAACUCGUCAUGCUUUACUUGGAAAUCUGUUCUGUUCUGAAGGGAAACCAGGAAAGGUGUUGAAGGUUCAUUGCCGCAAGCGCACAGGAGAGGAUGACUUCAUUACAAGUGUGAGAAAGGUCUUAGCAUCGCACUACAAAGAUGAGCCUGUUGGCCUAGGAGGAACAUUCCUACUGAAGGAGGGAAAAGCACGUCAGCACGUUAUGCCUGAUUUCUCUACCACACCUCUGCACACUGAUGAUGAUGUCAAUUCUUGGCUUAAAUUCUACAACAUGUCUGCCCCUCUCAUUGCUGUGGGAACUCUCGUUUCUGCUGAUCCUGGCCUAGACCUGCGUGUUCAGCAUUUCCACAGUUUCUCUCACCACGGAGAAGGCGGUCAUUACCACAAUGAUACUACACCAGAUACUGCUGAGUACUUGGCCUAUUUCAACUUGGGGCAGUCCAUCAUUAGGGUUGAUGCACCCAUCGAAACUCACCACAUAGGAAGAGACUGAAAUUAUCUUAGCACUCUUUAGUGUUAACAUCACUAAAAAUUUUAAGGAUAUUGAAAGUUUAAAAUAAAUGUAAGACACAGUUAUAAAA